GGCGGUUGCCAGGGCGACCGGAGCUUGCGGGGAGCUGCGGGCUCUCGGGAUCGGCGACGCAGCCCAAGUUUCCCGUGGUGGACUCUGAGAGUUGGGGGCGUUUGCAGAAUGUUCUUUUACCUGAGCAAGAAAAUUGCCAUUCCCAGUAAUGUGAAGCUGAAAUGCGUAUCUUGGAACAAGGACCAGGGAUACAUAGCCUGCGGUGGUGAAGAUGGAUUGCUCAAAGUCCUGAAAUUAGAAUCGCAGACAGAUGAUGCAAAAUUGAGGGGUAGUUCUACCCCUAGUAACCUUUCAAUGAAUCAGAAUCUCGAAGGUCAUAGUGGUGCUGUUCAAGUUAUAACUUGGAACGAACAAUAUCAGAAGUUGACUACCAGUGAUGAAAAUGGGCUUAUUAUUGUUUGGAUGUUAUACAAAGGCUCUUGGUAUGAGGAGAUGAUCAACAACAGAAAUAAGUCAGUGGUUCGGAGUAUGAGCUGGAAUGCGGAUGGGCAGAAGAUCUGCAUCGUCUAUGAGGACGGGGCUGUGAUAGUCGGCUCUGUCGAUGGUAACCGCAUUUGGGGAAAAGAUCUGAAGGGGAUCCAGUUAUGCCAUGUAGCAUGGUCUGCAGACAGUAAAGUCUUACUUUUUGGAAUGGCAAAUGGGGAAAUACACAUUUAUGAUAACCAAGGGAAUUUUAUAAUGAAAAUGAAGCUGAAUUGUUUGGUGAACGUCACCGGGGCCAUCAGCAUCGCUGGAAUUCACUGGUACCACGGCGCGGAAGGUUACGUGGAGCCAGACUGCCCCUGUCUUGCCAUUUGUUUCGACAAUGGGAGAUGCCAGAUAAUGAGACACGAGAACGACCAAAACCCGGUUCUGGUGGACACUGGCAUGUAUGUGGUGAGCAUCCAGUGGAACCACACGGGCAGCGUCUUAGCGGUGGCCGGCUCCCAGAGGACCACCAGUCAGGACAAAGAUAUCAACAUGGUGCAGUUUUUCACCCCCUUUGGCGAGCAUCUAGGUGUUCUGAAGGUUCCUGGAAAGCAAUUGACUGCACUUUCUUGGGAAGGAGGUGGAUUGAAAAUUGCACUAGCUGUUGAUUCUUUUAUCUAUUUUGCAAAUAUUCGACCUGAUUAUAAGUGGGGGUACUGCUCAAAUACUGUUGUCUAUGCGUAUACCAGACCUGAUCGUCCAGAGUAUUGUGUCAUCUUUUGGGAUACAAAAAAUAAUGAGAAAUAUGUCAAAUAUGUGAAGAGUCUCAUUUCUAUUACUACUUGUGGAGAUUUCUGCAUCUUGGCUACAAAAGCAGAUGAAAAUCAUCCUCAGUAUGUGCUAGUUCUUUGUAAUUCUAUUGGCACACCCUUGGAUCCUAAAUACAUUGAUAUUGUACCAUUAUUUGUUACAAUGACAAAAACCCACGUGAUCGCAGCUUCUAAAGAAGCAUUUUAUACCUGGCAAUAUCGUGUGGCAAAGAAACUCACAGCACUGGAAAUUAAUCAGAUCAUGCGAUCUCGAAAAGAAGGCAGAGAAAGAAUUUAUCAUGUCGAUGAUACUCCUUCUGGAUCAGGGGAUGGUGCGCUUGACUACAGUAAAGCCAUCCAAAGCACAAGGGAUCCAAUUUGUGCCAUAACUGCAUCUGAUAAGACGCUGAUUGUGGGUCGUGAAUCUGGCACCAUUCAGAGAUACAGUCUUCCUAAUGUUGGUUUUAUUCAAAGAUACUCCCUUAAUUGUCGAGCCUACCAGCUCUCCUUGAAUUGCAACUCUAGCCGUCUGGCUAUCAUAGACAUCUCUGGAGUCCUCACCUUCUUCGACCUGGAUGCUCGGGUAACAGACAGUACAGGACAGCAGGUGACAGGCGAAUUGCAAAAACUGGAGAGAAAAGAUGUCUGGGACAUGAAGUGGGCGAAAGAUAAUCCUGAUUUGUUUGCAAUGAUGGAGAAGACCAGAAUGUAUGUUUUCAGGAACUUGGACCCAGAGGAACCCAUUCAGACUUCUGGAUAUAUUUGUAACUUCGAGGACUUAGAAAUUAAAUCUGUUCUUUUGGAUGAGAUCUUAAAGAAUCCAGAACACCCGAGCAAGGUGUAUGUAAUUAACUUUGAGAUUCGAUCGCUGCGAGAUAGUCGAGCAUUGAUUGAGAAGGUUGGAAUUGAAGAUGCAUCUCAGUUCAUAGAGGACAAUCCACACCCCCGACUUUGGCGCUUGCUGGCCGAAGCGGCUCUUCAGAAACUCGAUUUGCACACUGCAGAGCAAGCAUUUGUGCGCUGCAAGGACUACCAAGGCAUUAAGUUUGUCAAGUCCCUGGGCAAUCUGCAGACUGAGUCUAUGAAGCAGGCUGAAGUCGCUGCCUACUUUGGCAGGUUCGAAGAAGCUGAGCGAAUGUACCUUGACAUGGACAGAAGAGAUCUCGCUAUUGGCCUCCGGCUGAAACUGGGAGAUUGGUUUAGAGUCCUCCAACUCUUGAAAACUGGAUCUGGUGAUGCAGAUGACAGCCUGCUUGAACAAGCCCACAAUGCCAUAGGAGACUACUUUGCUGACCGACAAAAAUGGCUAAAUGCUGUGCAAUAUUAUGUACAAGGCCGGAACCAGGAACGCUUAGCAGAGUGUUAUUACAUGUUAGAGGAUUAUGAAGGAUUGGAAAAUCUUGCCAAUUCACUUCCAGAAAACCACAAGUUGCUUCCAGAAAUAGCACAAAUGUUUGUGAGAGUUGGAAUGUGUGAGCAAGCAGUGACUGCAUUUUUGAAGUGUAGCCAACCGAAGGCAGCAGUAGACACCUGCGUGCAUCUCAACCAAUGGAAUAAGGCUGUUGAAUUGGCUAAAAGUCAUAGUAUGAAAGAAAUUGGAUCACUGUUAGCUAGAUAUGCAUCUCAUUUAUUGGAAAAGAAUAAAACUCUUGAUGCUAUAGAACUGUAUCGGAAAGCCAAUUACUUUUAUGAUGCCGCUAAACUGAUGUUUAAGAUUGCAGAUGAAGAGGCAAAGAAAAGAACUAAACCUUUGCGUGUCAAGAAGCUCUAUGUGCUGUCAGCUUUACUUAUAGAGCAGUACCAUGAACAAAUGAAGAAUGCCCAACGAGGAAAAGUUAAAGGAAAGAAUUCUGAGGCCACUUCCGCCUUGGCUGGAUUGCUGGAAGAGGAAGUCCUGUCUACCAGUAGUCGGUUCACAGAUAACCCUUGGAGAGGGGCUGAAGCUUACCACUUCUUUAUCCUGGCCCAGAGGCAGCUCUAUGAGGGAAACAGUGACACUGCAUUGAAGACAGCUCUUCACCUAAGAGACUAUGAAGACAUCAUCCCUGCUGUUGAGAUCUACUCUUUGUUAGCACUUUGUGCGUGUACCAGUAGAGCCUUUGGGACUUGUUCUAAAGCUUUCGUAAAGCUUGAAUCUUUAGAGAGCCUGAGUUUUGAACAGAAACAGCAGUAUGAAGAUCUUGCUAUGGAAAUCUUCACCAAACACAUGCCAAAAGACAACAGAAAAUCAGAACUGGACAGCUUUCUCGAAGGGGAGGAAGAGAAAUUACCUACGUGUGUUGCCACAGGGAGCCCAAUCACUGAGUAUCAAUUCUGGAUGUGCAAUGUCUGCAAGCACUGUGUUCAGGCUCAGGAAAUUAGCAAAUACAGCUUCUGUCCCUUAUGUCACAGUCCUGUGGGAUAAAGGACACAUUGCUUAUAAUUGGAACACAGAUGUAGUGUGUUCCAAUACAGCUCUAACUGUAUAUAUGGUUGACUUUAAUAGCCUUCAUGUGAAAAUCAGCAUCAUUAUUUCAGAGUUGGAUCUUUUAAACAAAUUUAUGUAUAUACCUGUCUAAACACAUAUUAAGUUAUACUUCUAGAAAUUUAACUAUGAAAUAAUGAUGAUUAUUUUUAUUAAAAAAAUGGACAUUUAUGUUAUUUACUUUAUGUUUAUAAUCUUGUGGUUGCUAGAUGAUACUAUGAAAAUAUUCCAAGUAGAAUCUUUUCCCUUAUAGUUUCAAGGUGCCUAAUUUAUUGCAAACUCUUGGAACAGAGGAGCAAGCAUGAAAAUGAGAUAAAGUUGAAUUUAGAAAACUGACAAUCUCUAUUAGGAGGUUAAACAAUUUUCAUAAGAAAUCAGUUCUAUCUCAGAUGUAUUUAAUUAAAUAGAUAGUGAAUGUCAUCUAUAUUUUAUUUUCAAAAGAAAUGUUUUUACAAUAUGAAUGAAUUGUUUCUAAGAGCCUUAUUUUUGUAUAACUUUUUCUAACCCUUUUAGUAUCUAAGACAUAGAAUCUGAUAUUUACUCUUUAUAUUAUUAUAUAAACCUUUUCUCUAUGACAUACAUUUUUGUUUCAUAUACAAUCUACAUUUUGUAAUAUUUUCAGUUAAAACAUUGCCCAGGUUGGAUGCUUCGUUUAAACAACUCUUGGGCUGUGGGGAGUGUUUUUCCCUUGAAAUGCAUGUUUUGAUUUAGUGUCAUCAAACAAAAAGAAAAAUUGUAAUCAGUAAUGGGUAAUUUUUACUUGUUUUGUAUUGCUAAUAAUCUCCAUUUAUUUCUCAUGAA